AUGGAACAAUAUUCAAAUACAAUUCUUUCUUAUUCCAAAAAGAACGCUAAACAACAAAUAAAAAACCAUUUGGAGGUGAUUAGAAUACACCACAAAAAAAAAAAUGCCGUGGACAUUUGCAUUCAUUCGGUGAAGUUGUUCUUCAUACAACCGAGCAUAAUCACGUUCCCGACCUGGUAAAAGCUGAAAUAAAAGAGGCCAUUAAAAAUUAAAAGAAACUGCAAAAAAUACGCAACUAACAACUCACUGUGUCGUAGGAACUAUAACAUCUGAAGUAAAUUUCAUUACAUAUUUUUAUAACCAUAAUUUUAUUAGACAAUAAUUUACAUAUUAUUAUUAUUAUUGUAUUAUUAUUAUUAUUAUUAUGAUUAUAGAUUACACAAAGCGUAACAGGACAACUACCAGUUUAAAUCAAUUAAAACGCACUGUUUAACGAAUUUGAAAACUCAAAACAUGUGCUCCACCUGAUCCAAAGUCACUAGACAAUCUUAAAAUACCAGACGAAUACAGGAAAACAACAAGUGAUGAGACUUAUUUACAGUAUGAUAGCGUUAAUUACGACGGUUACGAUGAUCGGUUUUUAAUUUUUACGACUAAAACUAAUUUAAAAUUAAUGGAAAUAUGUAAACAUUGGUUAGCGGAUGACGCUUUUUCGUAUUCACCUCAUAUUUUUAAUCAACUUUAUACAAUACACGUAGUUAAUUAUUCAACUGCAUGUAUUGAACUACCAAAUAAGAAACAAGAGACUUAUAAACAAAUGUUUUUUGCGUUAAAAACCUUAUAUCCACAACUAAGUCCAAAAUCUAUUAUGUUCGAUUUUGAAAUAGGUGCAAUGACUCCAGCAAAAUGUGUAUUUCCUUUAGUCAACAUAAAAGGCUGUUUCUUUCAUUUAUGCCAGAGUAUUUGGUGAGAUAUAUAGUCCAACGGAUUACAGUCAAAUUAUUCGAAUGAUUCCGAUUUUGCUCUUAAUUUGAGAAAACUAGCUGCACUUGCUUAUAUUACAAAAAAUGAUGCAGUGCCCGCCUAUGAAACUUUACUCGAAUCACAGUUUUACCAACAUAAUAAUGAAAUGUUAUCGAAUUUAAUUGAUUAUUUCGAAAAUAAAUGGAUCGGUAAACCUAUUCGUAAAACUAGAAGAGCACUUUUAUUUUCAAUUAAAAUGUGGAAUUAUUAUUCAAUGUUAGAGGACGAUAUUCCAUAAACAAAUAAUUCGGUGUAAGGUUGGCAUAAUUCUUCUAAUUUUAUGCUAAGUGGGUUCCAUCUGUCGAUUUGGACAUUCAUAGCAGUAUUAAAAAAAGAAGAAAGUUUAAACCAUUUUCAAAUUGAACAAAAAACUGUAGGCUUUGAACCAUCCCAGAAAAAAAAAUAAAGAUUCCACAAUAAAAUUUAAAAAAAAUGUAACAACUACUUAACUUACUUAAGUGGCAUACUACAUCAUUUUCAAUAUCAAUAAUAAAUAAGCAAAUAUUAAAAAAACAAGACGAUUUAAAAUAAAUAUAUAAAAUAUUAUGGUUAACUAUGUAAAUUAUAUUGUUAUGACUAUUAUAUAACCGUAUGCCUGCAAAUAUUGUACGUAUUAUUAUUUUUUACUAUACAUAAAAUAAACAAUCAAUAAAUAUAUCUAAGGGAAUGUUAAAAAUCUAUGAUAUAAUUCUGUAUUGUAACAUUAUUAAUUAUAAUAUACUCAUAUGACUCUAAUUAUUAUUAUUUUAUACUUAACUUGUGUUGAAAAUAAAAUGGUAUAUUAUUGUUGCGAUAUCUUUGUACCAACGACAUAUUUGCUUUUGCGAUAUUUUUACCGCGAUAAUAUUAUUGCAAUUUUUUAAUACCGCGACAAUUUUAAUGUGUAUUCCAUAAUGAGAAUCUCAAUAAAACGUGAUGUCGUGAUGACGUGAUACCGAUGAUUUUCUGGAUCUAGUAGUGUCAUGUUAGCAGAAAACAAUAGAACAAACCGUUUUUGAAAUCGGUUUUAGUAGUUGUAAAAACAUUUUAUUAUUGCGAAAUUAAUAGAAAACUAAGUUUUUACGAGAUAUGACUCCGUUGGGGGGGUUUUUUUUUAAAAAAAUAUUAUUUAAUGAUUAUCUUAAAAAAUCUGAACGUACUUUAUACCCUGGGUAGGCGUGUAGUAUUGUACUGCAGAAUUUAUUAUAUUAGUAUACAGUGUGAAUUUUUUAAGCACGGUCACUCUAUUUGUAUGAUUAGAUUAUGCAUAGAUUCGAAUUCUGAUUUUUGAAAAUUUUUAAUUAGGUAUAUUAAAAGACGAUAAUAAUUUAUUCAUACUUGGAUGUUUUCACAACAUUUAAAAAGUAUCCCGUGACAAUACCAUCUUUGGUUUUUCAAAUGAAAACCUACAUGUUUCAAUGUAAAUUGUCAAUCAGACGAUUUUUCUGAAAAUGUCGACGUAUUGUAAUCAAAAUUCGAACAAAAAAUUGUUGAAGUAUUAUACUUUACAUAUUAAGGAUAAAAGGCUUUUAUGAGGAUUGGGUACCGACUGGUUCACAGGAGUUGUGUACAGACAAUUUUUGUUUUGAUUCGAAUAAGUAUCGAAAAACCGGUUUUAUGUUAUUAUCCUUAAGUAUUCAAAGUAAAAUAAUUUAGAACUUUUCGUUCAAAUUUCAAUUAGGCACAAUACGUCAACAUAUUUAGAAAAAGCUGUCCUAGGAUAAUGGAGACGGGUGCAGCAACUGUUACAGGUAAUUGAAUAUAUAUCUGUUAGCAACGAUUAACCAUUGCUAACGAAAAAACGAUUCUAAACAUAUGUAUGCCAUAUUAUGUUAAAAUAAUUACAUAUGCAGAAUAUAUUUUGUUUAAUAUUGUCUCUAUUUUCUCGGUUUUCAGCGUUCUCUCCGGUUUUCCCAUGUUUUUUCCUGGUUUUCACCAUUUAUUGGAAAAUCAAAAAAUGACCAUUUUAAAAUACCUUCCCAGUCAGAUUUUCUUUUAGAAAAAGUACUAUGAUUGUAAAUAGAAGCAAAAUUGCUGGUAGAAAAGUUGUUCACAGAUUUAAAAAUAAACACCAUUGCAGAACCAAUAUUAACCAUUAUUCGCUGCACUAAGAAUCUAAAAUCAAACGAUUAGCAAUUUACAGAAUUGUAGAUUCUCAUUUGAAAAUCCGAAGUCAGUAUUGUCACAGAAUACUCCUUUAUAACGUUGUAAAAAAUUCAAGUACAUACUUUAAAUUAUCUUCUUUCACUACAGUCAGAAAUAAUACACUCCAAAAAUCAGAAUUUUAAUUUACGCAAAACCAUAAAAAUGGGGUGAGCGCUCUUUAUAAAUCACCCCGUAUAAAUAUUGUAAUGAUUUCAUAAUCUAUACAACGCGCCGUACACUACCUCGAUAGUAACAGAAUGUUAAUAACAAUAAUAUUACGACAGUAUGCUAAUAUGCCGGAACUCGGAAUCUAUAAGUAACGCAUUGCGGAAUGCUACAAUUUUGGAAUCCCAUCUUCGGGGGCCUUCGCGGUGGUAUAUUUACUGUCUCUGUCUUCCUAACGGGCGAUGCAUCAAAAACACGCGUUCUUUAUACAAUGAAACGAAAUGGCCUUUAAAUUCUGUUUUAGAAAUAAAAAUGUAUUUCAGAGAUAAAAUUCGUAGACGACAACGUUACGAAAACAACCACGUCGGUUCAUUAAAUUUUUGAUUUUAAUAUAAUAUGAUUUUUUCGUAUACAUUCGAUCGGAGUAGGGCAUUAUGUAGUUAAAUACAAUUUUAUUCGAAUAGAAAUUGUUAUACGGAUGAAUAAUUUUUCAUAAUUAUUUGAAUAAAAAUGUAUAUUCGAUUAGUUUUCGAUUAUUUUGUUUGAUUAAACACUGUAGGUUGGCGCAUGUCCCGUCUAACUAUUUAUUUUUGUGCAGAGCUCAAUAUUUUAUUUGAAAACUAUUCGAAUAACAAUUUUCCAUUCAAAUAUGUAUUUAUUCGUAUUUUUAUUUUAGUUAUCUAAAGAUAUAAUUUCGCCCAACUCUGCAUUCGGUUAUGAGUCGAAUAUGUUUUGGAGUAUCGUAUAAAACGCCGACGUGUUUGUCCUCAAAAACAAUAUUAUCAACUACAAUAUUAUUUCUAUAAGUGUUUUAUCUCUGAAACGCGUAUUAAAGACUCGUUUGUUUUACACGUUUUUGUUUUGCCACUGUCCUAUUAAAAAAUUGUCAACAUUGUUUCCUAUAUAAGUACGUGAUAAAUAUUUUUUUGCCAAAUACAAAUAUUUUAUUAUUUUCUAAUAUUAUAUCCAAAUAAUUGUCAUUUGAAUAAAAUUAUACUCUUGAGUUUUAUUAUUUUUAAAAUAUCGAUUUUAACACGUAUUUUUCCGGUUUUUCCCAAUUAGUAUGAAAAUUGUUGAAAAAUCAAAAAAUGACUACAUACUCAACAGCUAGAUCUAAAAUGCAACAAAAAAGGUUUCUUGUUAAUUUUUUGAUCGGAACAAGAUUUCUGGUGGAAAAGUUGUUGCAGACACAAAAAACAAUUAUAUACACUUAUAGUUUAAACAAUAAAUCCCUCGCUUCGUUCAGAACCUUGAAAAAUCCGAUACUAUUGAUGAGUGUGCCACUGUUUUAGGCGGACAGUUAAGAAGGCAGGAUACUUAUUAGGAUACUUACAUACAAAGUUAUUUAAUUUAUAUCUUACCUUAACGAUACAUCAUUACAUAUGAAAUACGAUAUUAAGCAAAAUUCGGUUCCAAAAUGUAAUAUUUACGAUUUUUCGGUUAAAAUUUGAUUUUCAAACGCUUAAAUUACGUAAAAAAUUUUUUAUACACCUAUAACUGAGUACCACUUUUAAUAAAUCUCGUGUAAAAUUAUCAAGCAUUUCUGUUUGGUCAAACGACUUUAUCCCGUAUAACACCUACGUACCAAAAUAAGACUACAAAAAAAAAAAAAAAAAAAUCGAAAACAACAAACUACGCCUAUUGAUAAAGCCAUAAAAUUGUCAGAAUGUUUUAACACGUCUAAAAAAAAGUCCAAUAUAAUAUUAUUAUCUUAGUUUUUUUAUAUUCCGGUAAUAUUUCAAGGUUUCUACGAUUAUUUUUAACCGAAUCGCAAUAAAAAAACAAACUUGAAAACAGUAAAUAACGAAAUCGUUAUUUUCGUAAACGUUCCCGAUUCUUUUUCGGUUUAGCCUGACUAUUAAAAAAAAAAAAACUACACGAAGAAAUAAAAUCACAAAAUCAGACUUUCUGACCCACCAUCAGCUACAGACAUUAUAUUUUUUUUUUUUCGGAAAUUCAGUGAAUGGAAGAAAAGUCGCUCACGGGGAUACAGAAAAAUAUAAAAUAAAUAAUAUUUUAACUACAGAUUAUUAAUUUAUUUUUUCCCCCCAAAAACCUUGGCGAUUAUUUUUCGAAACCGUCCGUAUCCCCUCAGAAACUAAUUGCCGACCACCCCCCCCACCGGACUAAUUUAAGGGCACCGCCUGACGUGCGUGUUGUGGCAUGACUGCGACGCCACGACGGUGCCGUCGGCGGCAAAGCGAGCCGGUUGUCCUCGCGGCGUCCCCCGCCCGUAACCGCGGUUGCGGUACUCGCCGCCACCCGCCGCACGGUCCGUCGGCUGUCGUCGGCGGCGUCGUCGACCAACACGCCGCCGUACCGGCCGGUUACCGUUCGGAGAGCGCGCGUCGGCAGUUCGUCCGACAACGUCGUCGCUAACGGUUUUCGGGUUUUUUCCUGUGCGUGUUCGCGCUCGUCCGUCCGCUCGCCGAGUUCGUCCGCGUCGUCGUUUCGUCUUCGCGUUUUUGUGUUUUCGAUUUCCUCCCGCUUCCCCGCUCAAACGUUCGUUCGAAAUCUGACGGGAAAAAAUUAAUUUUACCGCGCGUCUCGAAUAAUACGACUGUGCGUUUUUUACCCGCGUUUCGCCAGUGUACCCGCCGACGAAAAACCGCGGAUACUUGUCUGCGGCACUUUCGAGUCUGCUCUCGCGGGAUUUACCCCGCCGCACGCACCGGACGAAGUGAGUACCUAUCUACAUACGGUCGCAUUAUUUAUCACGCGGCUCCGCGUCCGCGAUAACCGCCCGUCCCCGUGGUAUAGGCACCUGCCUACACUACGCCGCCGGAACAAAACGGUUUUCGGGAACCGCGUUUCGGGUAGGCGGUAUAAUGUUAUGUUCGUCGCGCGUUUUAUCCGGCCGCGGUGACUUUUACUCCGUUUGGCCGGAACGUUCACGGUAAACGGCUCAACGCCGUCGUCGUCACCGGUGACUGUGUGGUAACCUUGGUUAGCGCAGCUCGCGCGUCCGGUACCACCUAGGUACCGGUGCCGCGGCGGUAACCUCUCCCGGUGACCGUGUGCCGGGAACGGUUUCGACCGCGGUUACCGCCGGCCGCUGACGGAUUUCUCGACGGGGGCGGAUUGUAAUAACAAAUUAUGAAUACACACGUUUGCCGAGGCGCCCUAAUGAGUGUUCGUUCCUAACCGAUUAGGCGUGUACCGGGCGGGCCGUAGCCGAUUUCUCGCGCGAAAAUUUAUCCCUCCACCGUCACCAAAAUCAUAACGAAUUUUAUCCGUUCGUUUCAAUAGACGAUAAGUGUGGGUUUCGGGCACCCCUAACCGUCAUCGGUUGCCGCGAUUUCGGAAUGUCCGUUAUUUCGAAUUUUUACUUCGGGCGGGUGUUAUAUCGUGUUCCGAACCGCGUUAAUACCACAUGGAUAAUAAUAAUAAUAAUAUUUUUCGAGUAGGUAAUGAUAAUAAAUUGUUAUGGGCGCGGUACCGACGACGCGACCACUCCGGGAACACCUGUCCCCGUCGUGUCCCGCGAUAUCAAUAGGUAUACUCUGGUAGGCAGUUGGGGGGGAAAAAACCACAACGUUUCUAACCGUCCACGUCGUCGAAUAUUAUUUCAACCGAAAUUGUGACUAAACACUGACGAUAAUUCCGACUUAUGAUUUUCAUUUUGAUAACGAACCGUGUAAUAGCCGUGUGUUCGGGACUUGGCAAAAAGACCGCGAUAUCGGAUUUGUAAACCGUGUCAUAUCGUGUAACGCGUACCCAGGCUAAUUGUAAUACAAAAAAGACCAAUUUAUUAAUUUUUGUACCCGUAAUUAGUUGUAAUUCAAUCUGCCCCGAAAUUACUAUUGCAAUCGAAUGCCUACUUGUUGGUUUGAGCGAGUAAUUAUUUACUAUUUUGAUAUUAUUAGGUUUUGUUUUAAACGAGAAAGUGUAAUUUAGUAGUUUUUUUUUUUUUCUAUCACUAAAAGCGAAAAAAUUUGUAUUCAAAAACAAGCGGUCAUUAUACAUAAUAGACGCUGAAAAAACGCUAAUGGAGGGGGCAAUGUAUCUUCCUUAUCUCUGUCCCCCUCCCGCCGAAAAUAGGCAUCUAAUCGUUCACAGCAGUCGAUAGUUUUGGUAGGCACGGGCAAAUGCUUCGCGUAGCGCGGUACAAGGUAUUUUUAAAACUAUCGGUUUUUUUUCUCGGAUCCCGGGGCGGGAAACAAUCCGCAUAACGAUAAAACCGAGAUCAUCCAAGAUAAACAUUUCAAUUUAUUAAUAACUCGAACCGGAAUAACACCGAGUGUCAAGGACCGUACCAUAAUAGUUUAGAGCUACGUUGUUGCGUUUCAAACGAAUUUUCAAAACGGACUAAAAAAGUAAUAAUAACAACAACAACUGGCGAUGACGUUGGGCGUCUACGCGAAUCGCGUCCGCCGUACGGUUCGGAUGCUGGCUUCUGAAAUCGUCAACGGGCUGCUAUGUUUACGAAACGCGCGAACAGAUUUUCCCCAGCUUCCUAAAUUAUUUACGUCCGGUACGAAUUGACGUAGUAUUAUACCGGGCGAUUUACGUUUCUGUUUUUGCGCGAUUCUAUUAUCCGACGCAAGAUCACCGAUAUCCACACUGGCCGUCGACAGUCUCCGGAGCGCGGCAUCGAGGAAGAAGGGUAUUGUUGAUGGACUUAGCCGGAUUUUUUUUCUUUUUUUUUUUUUCGCGUCUCUGCUAAUACGGCAGGUACUUUCCGCGGUGUUUACGCGGGCAAGUGACUCGUACGCUCAAUAGCCCGUUUGUAUUCAUAUCGGUGGCCAGGUGUUUGAUAAAAACCACGCGUUUGACGCGCCCGUGAUUUAUCAACAAGCCUAUCCAUAGGGUAAACCACUGAUGGAUAUUAUGCAUGUACACUAGAUUCCAUAAUAAUGCUAUCGUUUUUCCAACGAUCGACAAAACUUUGGCGCGCAAUCACCAAAUAUUUCCAUAGUUACUAAAUAUAUGUAGUACACCGAUUUCUGUUGGUGAUUUAUUACCCUCCGAGCCUUUCGGGUCCUGAUCCCGGCCCCGUCUUAAAUCUCAGUGGCCGCCUACGCCGACGUCACGCGGACCACUGUGAACCGCAAUAGUGAUUAUUAUUUUAAUUAUAUUUCAGCCCCGAAUAUUAAAGUAUAAAACGGUUCGUCGUAAAACAUUAAGUUUAGUUGCGAGUUCAAUAGUAGAUGGGGGGGGUACCUACUACGCUUUGACUUUUCGAUCGCAAAUUUAUCGGUCCGCCGGAGUUAUAAAAUCGAGUUUUACCGCGUUCCCCUCGUAUAUUUAAUAUUUUUUUCCACAAUCGGAAUACGAAUAUCGCCCUCUUUAGAAUAACGGACCUGUACGGCAAAAUCUAAUCGAUUCGGUCAUAAGAUAAUGGACAUCCGACCUUAUGGCGGUCGUCUGGUUGGCUGAUGUACAUACGGUUCGGCGAUCACGGAAAACUAUGGUUGCGCAGAAAUCUUGUAGACAACCUAUUGGUAUUCCGGAAUCGGUGGAAUCUGGUGUACACAGUUGUAUUGAUCAGUGAUUUACACUCUUAUGCGUAUGGUUUAACAAUUUUCUUGUACAGACUGUCGUAUAAUUCAAAUUUUCCGUUUGUCUUUUUGUUUUCGUUUCACGACCAAAAACCGAUAACCUAUUGCUUUUGGUGAUUUUUAAGUUCUAAAAAAAAAAAAUAAAUAAAUAGCAAGUCAUAUUAGUUACGGAUAUUAACGGACGAACAACCGCGUUUAAUGGGUAUGCCGACAAAUUACCCUUUCGGGUUUUCGACGCGAUAAAUCCUUUUGGUCUUUCGCGCGAUAUAAUAAUAAUAAUAAUAUUAUCCUUGAAAACGUCGGAUAGCGACUUGGAACCGUAAGAAGUUUUAUCAGCGAGAAACGAGGGGGGAGUCGUAUUACUCACCGUACACCGUAUAUCCGUUUGAAUUUCGUAAACCUCGCCUCGGGACAUGUGAAGUCCCGUCAAAAUCAGUAUCCUCGCUUCAAACAAUGACCGAAUUUUGUUUUUUUAAAUAUUACGCCACUCCCGCUCUCCGUCCAACAUUCGACAGACUUUUUCGUCGGUCGUAUUUUUCUUUAUCCGCUGUGUUUUUCCCGAUCGGGGCUUUUUUUUUUUUUUUUUUUGCCGAAAGUACCUAUCUCUCUCGAUAAUAAUUCGGUGUCCCUUUUUACCCGGGUUCUUUUCGCCCGGCGUUUCUCCGAUCCACCGAAAUCGGUUUUUUUUUUCGAUAAACACAUUGCAGACUUUUCGACUUAAUUUUUUUCGUUUGACGCGUUUUUGUUAUUAUGAUAAUAUUGUGUUUAGACUGCCGCGUUUCGAAGUGGUGUUUUAAAUCGAAUUAAAUAAAAAUAACUAACAUGUUCUAAAGAGUGAAGAUUGUUUUGUAUUGGUUUUAUAUAUAGUUCCUAUUGGUUCUUAAUAAAUGAAUUAAAAUAAACGGUUCAUGUCAUACUUUUGGAAAAAAUAAAUACCUAGCAAUAAAUAUUUUCGAGGUUAUUUCGUUCUUGAGUAAUAAAUACGAUCAAAUUCUUAUAAUUAUUAUUAUUAUAAUCUUAUGAUAUUUACAAAAAAACACGUUUAAAACAUAGCCGUUUUUUUUUUCGAUUUCUUUUAAUGAAAAUAUCCGUUCAGGUACCUACUCGGGUACCCGCAGCAUUCCGUUUUAAACAAAUUCUCUGCUAGAAAAUUGGACGUAUAAUAAUUUUUGUACAACGAUACGUUUUGGUCCCGAGGUUUUUCAUUUGUGUUAUUUUUAAUCUUGUAUUUAUUUUUCCCGAAAUUUAUUUAUGUUUUUCUCGGAUACCCAAUUAUUUCUAGAAAUAUUUCUAAAUGUAUUUCUUGCCGUCAUUUCUGUUAUAAUAUUAUCAUAAUUCCGAUAAACGAAACAUUCACGUUGCGUGUAAGUGCGUUCGAUACUCUCCCGGUGUCGUCGAUUUUCGAAAAGCGAACCGUCGAGAAGACGACCGGGAUUAAAAUAUUUAGGUACUAUUACGAAAAUACGAUAAAAUUGCGAACAAAACAGAUUUUCGGUAAUACUCGGAAUAAAAAUAUAUUUAUACUCUUACUCGGAUCCGCCAUUCCGGUGAUUUUGCACUUUGCAAUGACAAUAAAAUAAUAAUUGAACUUGACGGAUAAAUUCGCGAAUAGGUACGGAAUAAACGCGGACGGCCACGCUAACGUCCAUUUUUGUUUUAUUCUUUACCGAAUCAAGUCGGGUGUACUCGCUAUGUUUUGUCCGUGUUUUAUCGUCGGUUAUUACAGUAAUUGAAUUAUUUCGAAAUAAAAACGCGCGUUUUUGUUAUAAUAAUAGUAUUAUUCUGUUUUUAAAAUGUAUUUAUUUGUUUGGACUCCGCGCGGGACAUUGACGAGUUGUACAAUUAUUAUCAUUCAUAACAAUAGUAAAAUAGUUACAGUGCAUAGUGACAGUGUGGGUGUAAUAUUACUGUGAUUAUAGUAUGACGAUGAAAUACGCAGUACAAUAGAACAAAUAAUAAUAACGAAUACGUUAAACAAAGGUCAAUCGGGUAGUCGAAAAACUAGAACAAUUUCAUAAACCGAACAAGGAACGGUCGAUAUUUGUUAUCAUACCGAGGUGGGACGUGAUCACGAUUAAACACAUUAUACAGAUUGGGAAUCGAGCUGUGAUAAAGUGAAGCUCAGAUUUUUUGAAAAAAUCAGAUGUGAUGUUCCGACCAUAAUCACUAACACUCUUUCGUUCCCAGUGUCAAAAAUUAUUACUUGUCAUUAUCGUUUAUCACUAUUGUCAUGACUCGUGGUUUCCACCUUCCAGUCGUGUCGUUGUUAUUAGUUGUUAGACAAUUCCGCCGGUAGCGUUAGCGGUUAGUAAGAGCAGUUGAUUUGUUCAGAAGUUUGGGACUUCAAGAUUCGGAAUUGUUUAUAUGGGCCGAUUCCCAACCUGUAUCGCGGUUGGUGUGAUGGAACGGUAUGGGUGAUUCAUGAGGCAUAGUCUAAAUGGAUUAGGGAUGCCCGAGGAAGAACGAAUAGGUCUAAUCAACCUGUGGUGAGAAGGGUCGUAGUAAUUUUAUCAGCAAUUCGAUAUCUCUUAUCAAUAUCGAAAAUACGAACGUUACUCUAAUAACGUUUGAAAUAUUAAUAUAGCCGUAUUAGUAUUUUUAGUUUUACCCUGGACUAGGAAUACCACGAAAACAAAAAUAUAAAGAUAAUAAUAUAAAGCACAUGGCGAUACCGUUGUUUACGUGCGACUAUUUUGGAAAAUCCCGCGGUUAAUAUUCUACAAAACAAAAUAAUAAUGUAAACAGCGUUCAGUCCUGUAUUUAUAGAUAUAAUAUGUUUUGUAAUUCGUUAUUCAUACCUCAUAAAUCUCUCCGGAAUACCAACCGCAAAUUCGAAACCGGCAUGAUAAGUAACCGCCACCGACUAUUUCCCCUUAAAAUCGGAAUCUGUUACAAAACAAUGAAAUCCGUUUCGUUUCACCGGACGGUCCGAUAAUCGGUCACACGAUUUUGUGACCAUCUCGGAUAGUCACGAGCGGUGACUUUUCGCCAUUCCCCCUAGAAAAUUAUUACUUCUCGUUAAACCCGUGUGAGAGUGUCAGCGUGUUAUCUCGUUCUACGAUCAUGAUAUCGAACAAUCAGUGAUACCAAAAACAACUAAUUUAAUUUAAUUAAUUUCGUUUUAAACGUUUAAUCUCGUUGAACAAUAUAUUUGUUUUAUGACGGUACACAACCCGAGUACACAAUCGAGUCGAACCUUUUUGUAAGUUUGGUUAAAGGAUGGAGUUACAUUCCACGAGUUACGGGAUAAUAUGUUUUUUGUACAUGAAUAUCGUCUUUGCCACUGGUUGCUAGUAACAACGCGCAAAGUGUCACAAUAUUUUGUAAACGGUUAUCGAUGGUUUACACUAGUGGUGACCAACUACGGACCGCGAAUCGUUUUAUAAAUCGGCCCACGAAAUUAUUAAAUGAAAAUUGAAAAAAGAAAUUAACUUUAAAUUUCCAAAUAUAUCACUCGCAUAAAAUAAAGAUAUGUUUAUAAUUUACAUUUUUUUCUCAAUCUAUAACAAUCAAUGCAUGAUAAAUAAUUAAGUAUGAACUUAUGAAGAUGUACCUACAAUAAAAUACAAUAUUUUAUUAAUUUGAAAUUUAAAUUUAAAUUCUUGGCCCGUUAAAAAUUGUUGUUAUUUUUUCAUGGCCCUCUAUAAAAAAAGAUUGGUCACCACUGGUUUACACCGAGUGAGGCCCGCUGGCAAUCUCCACCACAUCUGUACCGGUAUCUCGGUACAGGGCCGAGUAUAAUACGUGUUCGGUUCGAUGACGAAAAUCAUAAUUAGAUACUUCAGCGUGGACAGAGAUUGGCAUACAUUUUGGACGCUGAAAUUCAUUAAGAUCGGCCCUCCGUGUACGAUGUAUGCAUACCUUAAUCAUGUUUGUUUCACUACCGUUAACUUAUCCUGGGGUCGGGCGAUUCUUCGUUCCCGCCUCCCUUGGUCCUUUGUCUAUUGUUAAUAUUCCUCCGGUGUCUAAUGAAACUAACGAGAAAAAAAAAUGAAUUAUACGGGAUAAAUGAUGACGCAUGAAAUAUAAAGAGUGGCCGACUCUGAAUAGUUGGGACGAAGGCGAAGGAUAAGAAGACAUCCUGAAAUAAAGAAAAUAAAUGUAAUAAUAUUAAUACGAAAUUCUCUUUAUCAUUAGGCAAGCAAAAACGCUCUUGUGUUUAUACUUUUCAAUUAUUCCUUCCGUUUGUAUACUUAUUAUUUGUACAAUUUUCUUCUACUGCCGUCAGUGUAAAAGCUUCCAGAUAAUUGUCUGAUAAUGCAGGUGCCUUCAUUAUUCAAAAUUAUUAAAAUAAUUAUUACAUUAUUUUUACUUUAUUACCUUUAACAUUAUUGAAUAACGUCAAAUUUCUAUAGUAUCUGUAAUUUUCAUAAUUAACUAUUUAAUAAAAAAAAAUAAAAAUAAUUGAGAACUUAAUAAAAAUUAACUAAUGAAAUUAUAUAGUUAUAAUAAUUAUAAUUAUAUACAUAAUAAUUUGUAUAGGUACCUAUAUUUACACAAUUAUGCACAGUAAAAAAAAGUAAAAUUAAUUAGUUUUAUACGGCAGGUAUACUGUGUUUCAACCAUAUUGAAAAUAAAUAGAAAGUUAUACCUUUGAUUUAAAAAACAUAUUAUCAAUGAUGUUUCCGCACGUUUUCGAAUGUUCCUUCGUACUUCAACAAAUGUACCAAUCUUACGGCUUUUUCCGAGUUUUUUUCUCAGAAUUUGUUAAUCUAAAAGUAAACUGCAUACAAUUUGUCCAUAAAAUAAUUCUGGUACACAUGAAUAAUAUUCGAUACCAUUUAAAACUAAAAUUAACUAACGCACCAUCUAAGGACAAAUCAAAAUUUUGAAUUUACAAAACAGCAACCGAAUUACCUUGAUAAGAACGAUCCAAGAUCCAUGGUCGAUAAUCAUCUCGUUCUGACGCAGUCUGAUGGACUAAAUUACGAUAAAAUAUGAAAUCCUGAUCGGUAAUUAUUAUCAAGUGAAUUGAGAAUUUCCGUGAUUGCAUUUUAGACAUUAAGUAUACAAAUGUUAUCAAUAAAAGUAACCCGAACACCAGCUCACCGUAGGAAGUGUCCCGGUGUUCUACCCUGCUCUUCAGUAUUUUUGAGUUAUUCGGUAAAUAAUAAUCUCCUAUAUUCGUAUAAGUAAGCAUUUUAUGAUAAUAACGCCCACUCUAAAAGACAUUAUCGAGAAUAUAUUAAGGGUGUUAAAUCUCUGUAAAGAAACCGCGAACGAAAUGUUUAAAUGUGAUCACGACAAAAAUUAUAUUAUUAUCGGUUACUUAUAAUGUUACUGCAAAUUUAAACCGAUAUGACGAGCUUACAUAAUAUAAUUUUAAACGAAGAAGUUAUUUUCAACACGUUUCCUCGCCUGUGGUAGUGGAACACCAGUUCCGAAAGUGUAAGGAAUUAAUUAUCGAUACUUUGCAUCUUUUAACAUUAGUUUGGAAACAAAUUUGUAAUUACACUUCCGACCGUUCCGAUUAUAUUCAUAACCGUUUCGGUAGAAUAUAAUACAUUUCACUGUGUUAUUAAACUUUUCUCUUUUUUUUUUUUAUCACUAGAUAAACGACUCGUGUAGGUAUCCUAUAUCUACUUCCUAUUUUGAUAAAAAAAUAUUUGAACAACGAAGGUAACGUUCGCAAAAGUAGUUACCUACUACGGUCUCGCAAGAAGAUAAGGUCCCUGACGGCUUUUCUCCGCUUGUAUAAUAUUAUUGAACGACGUCCGCUUGUUGAGCCAGAAAUAGUUCGUAUUUUACUCACCGUAAGCGCUUCCGGUUAUACUUGUUUGAAGUUCAGUAAUUAUUAUUAAACUCGCUCGUGUUUUUUGUUGAUUAUUUGUGUUAUGUGUAACGAUCGGGGUAAUUGUAUCUAUAUGUGUUCUGGCGAUUUAUUGUUCGUGCGUCCGUUAUGUUUUAUUGUUGAAAAUCGUAAUCGGGAAAAAGUGUGUGAUCUGCAGCGAUUCGCAGUGAUCGCGAGUAAAUUUCGCAUUAGAAUCUUCUCGGUAAGCGGACAAUCGUUAAAGACUAUUUCGUAGUCGUCGGACCGUCGGAUCUUCUACGACCGACUAUAGAGGAAACGACUAAUUUUCGGAAUUGAAAUAAUAAUGGUUCAAGCCGUCGUCUCCGGUCGGGGUUUCGUUGUAUAAUAUUACAGUUUUAAAUAAAUAAUUGAAGAACGCUGGAUGGAAAAAAAAAAUAAACAAAUAAAACAUAUACACAGUCGAUUACACAUAUUAUUAUUAUGAUAUUCGGGUUUAUUUGGCAUCCGCGUACACUUGGCGGGCUGUUCGUAAAUCCCGUCCGGAUAUUUUAUGUACAGAGUAUGCGGUCCAGAAAAGCUAAAAAUCAGUAAACAGAUUUUCGUCGACGUUUUUUUAUAUUGUUUACGAUACUUCCUCCCGUCGGGGUCAUGAGGCGUUCGCGUGAUGUUAACCGGAGCGCCGAAUCGGAUGUCCGCGCAUUAUUAUAAUUAUUAUUGUACGUCGUGUAACGAAUUCUUGGAAAUAUUAAUAUUAUCAUCGGCCAGUAUAAUGGUGAAUUAAUCGUAACGUAGCCGGGAGAAAAUUUCGUCCGUUAAUAGUUUUUAUCGGUACCUAUGCUAUUUUCAGAACCAUAAAAUACAUCGAAAUAACCUAUAAGUAAUCAAAUAUAAUAAUAAUAAUAAAAAAAAAGAGGCUGUUACUGCUUAUGGGCGUGUUGCUGUUUUCGUUGGAAAGUCUGACGGUGUACAUAAUUAUUAUUUGAUUUAUAUGCGUACGCAACGAUAAACCGUGUCGCUAACGGAAAACGAUUCUGAGCGGAGAUUAUUAUUGUUAUUUUCCUUUGUUGCCGAGGUUACGUGUAAGUCAACAGAAUUGUUCGGUUGUUCCCGAUUAUUCAUCGGGAAAACUACACGGAAAAUCAUACAAAUUAUAAUUUAUCGGCGGUUUAUACUUACAUUUUAACGUAAACGUAUUUAAAUGGACGGACAAUAGAAAAAAAAAAGAGAACUAAUGACCCGAUUUUUAUCAUCAUAUUCUGUGUGGUCUUCGUGGAGGGACAAUAUUAUUAUUGUCAUUAUUAUUAUGCGUGUGUCUGGGGUGCGAGUGAAGAUAAUAUUUAAGAGGGUCGGGUACCUAUAAUACGUGACAACGUGAACAAAUACGCCCUCGGUACUGUGUAGUAAUGUUUUUGACUUUUUGUAUAUAUAUAUAGGUAAUAAUGAAAUAACCAAAAGAACACGUUUCGGUUUUUAAUGUACAUAGGGUGGGUAGGUAAUCAAACGUUUCGGAUUUUUUUUUUUUUUAACGAAUUCCCGGAAAAUAUUGUUAUUAUUAUCGAGGAGUUUCGGAACCGUUUGAUGUAAUGUUAUUUUAUUGACAGUUCUCUGUAGUAAUUUUUCCGAUGAACCUAAUAGAUAUAAAUUAAACUUACGAAAAAAUAUAAAUUACCUAUAUACCUAUUGGGUAUAGUAUAGAAACAUUUUUUGGCUCAGGGAACGGACCCAAUUUUAAUGUACGGUACCGACAUUUUUUUUUUAAUAUUUUCGCGCGUUGAAUUAAAAAUAUAAAUGACACGGCUAUUUCAACUAUCGUAGUAUUUUAUGGACGGCGAUUUCGACCCACGUUUUUAUGUAUAGACCGGGGUGGGGGGAAACUGUGUAGGUAUUAUCAUAUUAUUUGGCAGUAUGUGUAGUGUUUUGUCUAAUAAUACUACUCCCAGUAGUAUAAUACCUCCUAAUAUAAAACAUCUAAACAAACAUAGUCAAUUUUAUGUACCUAUCUGUCUAAUUUACGUUAAGUAACUGUUUGUUUUUGUUUUCAACAGUUUACACUCUUGCUUAUGGUCAGCAUAUUAUAAUAUUACGAUCUAAAAUAAAUAGGUUUUCUUUUUAAUUUUUAGACAUUCGAACUGUAACCUACAUAAUAUCAGCUACAUUACGGUGUUUCACAAACAACAUUUUGUUUCUUUGGAAAAAAAAAAUAAUAUGUAUAUAUACAGUAUAAUCAUGCCUACACUGCGGAGGGUUUACUCAUUCAAAGGAUUAAGUAUAUCGGUAUAUAGUUUUUUUUUUUUUUUUUUUUACGGCAUUCGACGUAAUUUCACGGUGGUUUCGAGUUACCGGUUUUAUUGUUUACCUAUUCGUUUUUAUAAACGAAAUGUGUUUUGGCGUGUUGUAGCGAACGUAUUUUAGGUUACGUAUACGUUUAACGACGUGUAAAAUUAAUGGAAAUAUUAUUUUGUCACGUUUUACAGAUAUUCCGGUAUAAUCAGUGUAGUAAUGUAAAUUGGUAAUUUUACUUCAAAAAUGACCAACAGUCUAUAAUUCGACUUCGAUUUGGAGAAUAUUUUACUACGUGUAACAUAUAAGACUUGUUUAAAUGUACAAUAAACGAAAUAGUAAUUAUAAUUGUAGCUAUCUGUGAUUAUUUUAAGAUUAAAAGUACAAUUACAAUUAAUGUUUGUAUUAAACAUCAUUGUUAAUCAAUAUAUCAAAUAACGUCUGUUUAGAUAUUUAUAUCAAAUGUGUUUGUAUUUUGUUUACAUAAAACGGAUAAUGACACCCACGACCUUUUUAGAAUUUUCAUUAUUUUGUAUUUAUUUAUUUUUUAAUUACUCCAAAAACACAUUUAAGGUAAUAGUAUCUUGUAUUUUUAGCGUAAAAAAAUACUAUUGAUACCCCAAUAAAAAUAAUCUUGAUACAAUUUACAAUAUUAUUGUAUCCGUGAUACUGCCCUGCAACGGUGUAUUUACAGUCUCUAUAUGCAAACGAGUAAUUUGUAAAUCGAAGGGUAAACUAUCACAUAAUUAAUCACUUAAUUAUUUUUAUCAAUGCCCGUGAUACCUAGCGGAUCGAUAUAAAUAUUAUAACAACAGUAGCAGCCCCCGCAGUGGAUAAUAAAACAACAAAUAAUUAUGUUAUAGAGAAAUUGAAAAACGUAUUAUUUGUCAAUCGAUUGAUUGCCAUAUAUAUAGGUAAUCAUAAUAAUAAGCUAAUAAUAUUAGUAAUAACUAUUUGUUUCGGUUCGUCGUGUAUUUUAUUUAUUAUUUCUUCUGCUCUUCGUUCCCCUGAGGGCACAGACUGUGUGUACGGUUCGAUUAAUGGAACCGAUUGGAUGUUCUCGCAGGCUUUAAUUUCACAUCCAUUGUCGUCAUCGCCGGCGUCUAAAAUGCCUGCAAGUCGCUCAAUCAACUGGCUUUAUCGUGCGUGGUAUUCUUAUAUAAGUAUAUAUACCGGACGAGUACGGGGGAGAGGUGUAGGAGGAGAAAGGGAGUAAAAAAUAAAAUAAAAAAAUACCACUGCGUGUCUUCAAUAUGCAUUUCCAACCGAAACCCACGCAAAGUGGUGUUUUCCGAUUUCUCAUUUCCCCCCCCCCCUUCCUCCCCCGCCACGUACACAACACGAAAUACAUAUGAAAAACCGUAUUUACUUCCGUACGUGUAUUUCAACGUUUUAAAACACCGACAAACCGCGAGUAUAGUCAAAUUCGUGUACGCCAGACAUCUAACUUCCAACACUGUCCGUUUGUAAACCUCCACAUAAUUCGUAAUAAUAACGUAAACUUCAAGUUUAUAGUUAUCCCCCCCUCGUGUUAAAAAUAAAAUGUUUGCUGUUCACCUUAACACGUAUCUGCUAUACUUCUAGUGACUAUUACGUUUUUUACAUUUGCUGGCAAAACUCUUGGGAAAAUCGAAUAAUGACAUCACUAAAGUAUCUCCCCAGUCAGAUUUCCUUUUAGAAAAAGUGCUAUCAUUGUAAUCGGAGCAAAAUCAUUAGUUUUCUAGAAAAGUUGUCUAAAGAAAAAAAAAUCGUAAUAUUUUAAUAAUGUAAUUUGUACAUUUUUCCGUUUUUUCUCAUUUAUUGGGAAAACUCCUGGGAAAAUCAAAAAAAUGACCUCCCCAAGUUACUACAGAGAUAACAUCUUCUUUUAAAAAAUAAGCUACACUUGAUACAUCGGAGCAAGAUUUUUGGUAGAAAAGUUUGCACAACAAAUCGAGGGGUAUUUUACGAUUAAAAUAGUCCGAUCGAGCAAUGGCUUGGGUUCCUAGGUACAUCCAAAAUGCAUUUGUGUUUUCCUUGUUUAGAUAAAAGGGAAACAAAUGUAAAACAUUUUUUUUAAAACACUGGUUUGAACUCGGGAACUCUAGGAUGAAAUAGGUAUGUUUAACCAUUCAGCUACGAUAAACAUACUUUAUAGAUAAAACAAUUUAGAGUUAUUUAACAUAACAUAUAAUAUCCUCAUAAUAUCGGAAUUUCAAAAAGCUAUAAUUUCGGAACUUAGCUAGUUCGCUUAUUCUGACUUUCGUAUCGUUCUAAAUCGACAGUAUGAAUGUAUUAAAAAAAAAAAAAAAAUGGAAAAAUUAAAUUUGUUCCACAUAAUUUUUACUCAACGAUUUUCGUCAAAAUUUGAUGUAAAAAUUCCUUUAUAAAAAAAAAAAAAUACUACAUUAAACUCAAAUUGUUUUUUUUUUUUUUUUUUACUGCAAAAUUAGACUCCUUAUGAACCUUCUAUUAAAUUUUCAAGCAUUUCUGUUAAGUCUAACAAUUUUACUACAGAGUAAAACUCAGUCAUAAACUACAAAAAUCAAAAGCAAAAUAUUAUUUUACAAUUUUUUUUUUCUAGUUAUUAAAAUAAAUAAAAAUUUGUUGUAAACUAUACAAAUAAGAGGUAGAGAUUGUUGUAUUUCCAAUUUACGGAAAUAACGUAUGUUAUCGAAAUGUUCGAGAAUUUCUGAUAUGAUGCCUUAUAUUAAUAUGCUAACUAAAUUUCAAUUUUGUAUUUUAUUAUCUUACAUUCGUAAAUAUACGAAUCUUUAUCCAAAAUGCAACAAAAUAUUUCUCUUGUCCUUUUUUCCAUUAAAGAACGAUUUCUGGUAUAAAACGUCGUGUAGGAGAUCACAUCAUCUAUAUUUGGCAGGUAAAAAGGGAUUAUGUAAGAGUUUACACUAUGUUUUAAAAACGGGUAAAAAGGUUAUUUUUAUAGGAGUUUACAUGUAGCUCUAUACAUAUAUAGUAGCUAGGUAGGUUCCCGAUUCUAAGUAAUCACCGAGAACAUAAUAUAGGUAUAUAUGCAAUAUUGACAUUAAAUAAUGUUUAAAAUUGCUUUUUUCGCGGGUUACAAUAUAAUAUAAUUUUGUGAAUCGUGAUUUAAUGGUUUUUGAAACGUAGGUACACGUCAAGCGUCACAGUUUCUCUCCGACUGAAAUCCCUUUUUUCAAAAAUUUAACCUCUUAGUGUUUAGUUCACCUAUAAAAAAUGCGUAUACCUAUACCUACUUUACCUCCAAGUAUCCUAAUUUAUCGUGGACAAAUAUUGACCGUCUUUUUAUUAUAAAUUGUCUUUGUAGGUAACACGCGAAAUAUUCACCAAAGUUUCAUAUAGGUAUAGGAACUUUGGUAAUAAUUCAACCACGACAGGAGUACAGCAGCUUUGUGGAAAGUUUCUCUUUGCGUCUCUCCCUCUCUUAUAUAUUAUGGUAUUCUACCAAAAUAAUGAGAUAUUAUUUCCUACCUAUCAUUCAGCUGGCCAUUUAAAAUGUCCAAUUAAUAGAAAUUAUAAAGAAGAUACCUAUAGUAAAGUUAUAUCGUUCUGAUAAUAUAGAACUACACUGCAGGAUAUUAUAUUCGGGAAAUUGUUAAUACAUACUUGGUAUCAAUAGAAAUCACUGGUCUAUUAAACCUAUUAGUAUCUAUUUCACAUUGAUUUAAAUAAAUAAUGAUAAUAGCCUAAUAAAAACAAAGAUUCAAGUUAAACCAUAUUUCAUUAAAUUAUAAACUUUAAACUCGUAAAUUAACGUGGUACCUACUCCAAUUAAUAAAUGUAUAAUUAUUAUUUGUCUCGUUCGCGUCCGUACAAAUAAGUUUAAUCUUUUGUUAAAAUUAAUUGCUAAUUUCGAAUAAAUGUAAUUUUUAUUAUUAGUGUAUCGCGGAGUUUCAGAAAAAUUUCAUUUUUUUUUUUGUAUUUUCCUUUGUUUAUAAGUUAAACAAACGGUCUUUUCCGAAAAACAACUUUUUCUUUAAGUUAAGAAUAUUCUCUCAUUCGCCAACACAUAUUUUCAAGGAUAUUCUCUUAUAAUAAAACAUGUCUAUAAUAGUGUAUAAUAUCGUUUAUUUUAUGAAUGUUUUUUUUUUUUCCAUAAAUAGGUACCUAAGUUAUAAAUGCACAUUAUAUUUACGUAGAAUACAAAUUGCUGUAUUCAAAAUAAUAAUUUAAUUUAAUUAUUAUCUUGAAUUUAUUAUUUAUGUAUAGUUAUAAUAUUAUAAUACUUAUACAGUUAUUCCUGAACUGAACUAAUAAUUAUAAAUCGGGGAAAAAAAAACAAUAUUUAAUUAAUAAAUAAAUAAUCUGGAAUGGUGUUGCACUAACAUGUUGUCAUUUAAAUUUAUAAACGGAGAAUUUAAUAUUUUAACUAGUAAAACGAUUUUCAGCAAAGCUGAUAAACGCUAAUUUCCCAUAAUUAAUAAAUCUGAUUUCGAGGACUUAAACGACUUAAAAAUUCAAAAAAGAAAUAGAAUAUGUUGACAGUUUUCGAAAUUUUAUUAUAGACAAAUAUUUAUAAAUAUCUAUGUAGCGAAAUGUAACGCUUGGAAAAUAUUCGUUAACAUUUUGUGUUUCGUUUAAAAUAGUCGUUGGUUUUAAUAAAAAUCACAGAGAUUUUAAUAUAUAAUUGAUCUCUGCGGUAGAAAAAUAUUCUACACGAAUAAAAUUAAAAACACAAUUUUGGAAAGUUUAAAGUCAAUAUUUCAGGCAAAGGCUCUUUUUAAAACGAUGUAAUUUUUUCGGUGUGUUAAAUCUUCUUUGCCUUAUCGCGGUACACAAGUGGGGUCCACUAUUGUUGUAAUCCGCGUCCUUUAACCGUCCCUUUAUUUGUGCUGUACGUUUCCCGUAUACUUACUCUUAAUAACCGCCACUCACAUCUUUUUUAACUCGACUUUCCUCCUCCCUUGUAUACUUGAACGGUCGUAAAAUAUUUACUGGUUAUUAUUAUUAUUAUUUUUUUCUCCUUUGAUGUCCCGUUUAUAGUGAAGUUUAUACUGAUUUAUAAAAUGUGAAACGCAAUAGCUGGUAUUCACUUUAAUACCGAGCAAAUAUCAUUGGGAUUUCGUUAAACGUUCGUGGAUCAUAACUCAUAAGUUAUAGCAAUAUGUAGAUGUGCGUAUAUCAUUGAUUUUUUUUUUUCGUAGUCAACAUAUUGCGAUCAAAAAUGUUACAAAAAAACGAUGUGUUGUUGCGAAAUUCGUUAACAUAAUAAUAUCCGUGUUCAGUGUUUACCCUCAGUAUAGCCUCUGCUACCUGGUUUUCGCUAUUCAUUAUAAUUUAUUUAACUCCUUACAAGUUUCUUAACUUAAAAAUCGCAAACAAAUUGUCGAUAAAAACAAUGACGUUAUUUUCGUCGAGAUAUUCUGUGUACAAUAAUAUUAUUAUGUAUAUUAUAUAUCUUGUAAAAUUUAACGCUCGAUUCUCGUUAACAUUGUUGUCCUUUGUUUCUCCUUCCUCGUCGCCUUUACAUUUUAUCCUACGCACAUUAUUAUACUUUAUUUAACGAACUAUUAUACUACAUUAUAAUAUUUCAAUACCAUGAAAAAUUGCCAUCCAUCACCUAUAAACUUCAAAGAACAAAAUAUCAACAAUACAAUAAUAAUUUUCCUAAUUUAAUCUUUGUUUCUAUUUACAUAUUUAGUGAUAUUAUAUAAAUAUAAUGCAGUUUGAUUGCAAUAAUUAAACACGCAUAAAAUUGUAUUUUUACACUCUACAAUAGGUAUAACGAUAUUAUUAUUAUAUUCAGUUCGCGUAAUUAUUAUUUGAUUUUGAUAUCCCGCAGUGAGAUGCGUUCAAAUAUAUUUUAUUCGAAUAUUAUUCGAUAUUAACGAAGUUGGUAGUCGGUAUAAUAUUAUUAUAUUGGCGAGACGACAUUAUGCAGAACUUCGUUUAAUUUCAGAAGUAGAACACGACGUACUCGAGUCUUGUGGCAGAUUUGCGUUGCAAGAAAAUAAUGCGGUUCUGCAAGUUAAUUUUCAAACUAAUAAAUCAUUAUGAAAAAAUGGAAAAAAUUCACACUGUUAUCUCAAAAUUUUAAUACGCCAAUUAUCGCGAAAUCAGAAUUUUAAACUUAAAAUUCUUUAUUCUGGUUUAUUCUCGAAAGUGUUUAUUGGGAGCUUUAUUUUUUGUUGUAAACUACCGAAAAAAAUCAAAAAAUGACCUUAAAUAACGAUUACGGUUGUCCUAUUUCAUCUUGUUUUUUUUUCACAGAUUAUUAAAAUUUUUUCCAAGUAAAUCUAUGUAUAUCGCAAAACUAUUUUUCAUUUUUUUUUUUAAGAUAUUUCGUUAUAAUGGAUAAUGUUCCUUCGAUAAUAAUUUCUAUAAAUUUCUGCUCCUUAUUAUUAUUAAUAAUUUUUAUUUCGCUAUGGUAUUAUAUAUUACUUUUUAUACUCGUGUAUUCUCUAUUUCUUGGUAAAUUUUUCAAUUUUAAAUUUUGCAAAAUAUUUAAUAACGUGCCUUCUGUCAGUGAGUGACGAUGAUACGAUGCAAUAUUACUGGGCUUGCGAAUAAAACGAACCGGGGUGCACGUGCAGAAGUUUACAUUCCGAACAGACGACCAAUCGCGAGAUUCUUAUAUUGUAAUAAAUAUCAAUUACUUUUGUUUAAUAUAACAUAUAUUGAACACGCCCGUAAAUAAUACAUAAAAGAAGAGGGGGAAAUCGUUUCUUUAAAAAAAAAUAAUUCAUCUUCGUGCGUUUGAUUUUAAUAAUAAUUUGCACAAUACUGAGAACUCUAUGUCUGGUAAUUUUGAUUGGAAAUUCAUAAGUCUUAUACUCAGUUUAUUGAAAAUGGUUUUUUUCUUUAUUUUCUAUGUUUACCUACAUUCAUUAAAAUACAUAGAUAUUAAUGAUAAUACAAACACAUACAAUGUUUAGCAUAAAAUAUAAUUAUCAUUAUGUUAGUAAUGGUCUAGGGAUUUUAGGAUUAAGUGUUGGGUCAAUCUGGUCUGAUCAAAAUUUUUUUUUUGUUGUCGGUAAACUUUAAUGUGCUCUUUUCGUAAUUCGGGAAAUAGUCUACGGAACCGUCGUCAUUUCUUUAAGGGGUCAUAGGGGUGAUUCGGAUCAUGGAUAACCUAAAAUCGAUCGGCCAAUCUAUUGUGUAUCGUCUUGUUGUUUAUAUUAUUGUUUGCGAUUGUGCGAUAAUAAUCAAGGUUAGGUUGUAAAAAAAAAAACCAUUGCUAUGUUUCCGAAGCCGUGCACGACGGCCGCGGAGUGGACUGCAGCCGUCAUAUUUCAGGGUGUAUACGGGAACGUCGAAACCAAAAGCGCACACUUAUGAACCCGUGCAACAAUUUUACCGCCGCCUCCUCCGCGCUUUUACUAUAUAAUUUGAACGGUUUUCGGGGUUGUUGCGCGCUGCGGGGCCAUGAACACAAAAGGGAGUUAAAAGGGCCGUGGGAGGGAGGGUGGGAGGAGGGAGAGGUCCAUUAAACCGGCCCUGUAACGUGAUCGGGGGUAGAAGGAGAGUCGUAAAUCCCCGCGAAAAGCAUUAUCAUCAUAGUCACAUAUUAUUAUUAUAUAAUACGGGUGGUCAUUGCAAACACCAAGUGGACUCGAUGAAAUAUGACCGAGUUUUAAUUUUUUAAUUUUUAUUUUUAAUAACAGUUUUUAUACUCGCCCAUAAUAUUAUUCGUAUCGACGCCCAUGGGAAUGUUUGUCAACGUCACGUGUCCCUAGUUAACGUGUGUGUGUGUGUGUGUGUGUGUAUGUGUGUUUUUUUUUUCGUUUCUCUUGGCAAUAUAUUUAUUUAUAUAGCUAGGUACACCCCAAAAACCAACAAAACUAGUUAAAAUUAAAAUAAUGAGACAUUUUUUUUGCGGUUAUUUAAAUAUUUAUAGUGGCCAGUAGGGAGGUACCGAUGAUGAUAUUUAAAAAGAUAACAAAAUCACACUAUAUACUUCGAGAGUUUAGAAAUGAAACUUUUUUUUUUUUAACUAUUUUACCAUUGUUUUGUAAAUUUGUUCUUUAUAAAAUGUUCAAAUUAUAAAAACAUGUAUGAGACAUAACAAUAUGUACCUAUGCGUAUGUUUUAAGAAGGUCGGCAGGUAAAAUUUAUACAGACUACUCGUUCCAUCACCCUUGUUUACAAAACAAACUCCCAUACAAUUAAUAUUCCAUAUGUUCCAAAUCGAUAAAAAAAUAUGACUCAGAUCCCCUGCAUGGAUCUACUACCACCCAUCCAUUAAAAGAAGAGAGGUGACCGCUACCUUUGACUGCUGGUACCGGUGCCACUGAUACGGCCUCAUCAUUUGUUUGGUAUCAUAGCUAUUAAAUACGAUACGAAUACGGCAUUGAACACAAAUUUGCAAACCAAACACAGCUGACAGUAUCGAUCAUAUCGUUAAAUCACUCUUACACGAUAUCACACAAUAUAAUUAUUACUUUUUUGACGCACACAAUGUCACGCCGUUGUUUCUCUCUCUGUUAUGUUAGCAGACAAAACGUGUUAUAGAUAAACCGUAUAAAUAUACAUUUCAUAUCAGUGAUUGACACUGGAAAGUAGUCAAAACUCGUACAUGAACAUGUACAAAUAAUUGUAUAUAGAUAAUAUGAUCCAGGAAGACCCGGAAGGGACGCUGCGGUAUGAUUACUGGAGUGCUGAACAAGUGAGGCCAUAAUGUAUGAAAACUAUACAGAUAUGUCCCGUCCAUAUUUGUUUUAUCUUUGAAACCAACACGGUUUACUUGUUAUCGAUUGAGGAAUCGAGCGUAAAGUGGUCUCGGUUGGCAAUGUCCCAUCCGGAUAUUUAUAAUAAUAUAAUAAUAAUGCCCAUGAUAAAUUAAGAGAAUUAUUUUAAAUCCCGAUCUUGUUCGUGAUAUUUUAACCGAAAUUACCUAAUAAAAUGUACGACGAACGACUUUAUUAAGUAAGUAGGUAAUAAUAUCGUUAAACGAUUUGUCUUAACAAAUUUCGUAUUUAUUCUUGUUUUUUAUUUUUUAUUUUACAGAAUUUCUUGUGGUAUCAAUAG